GUUGAAAGGCAACUCGAGAAUGGAUCCAAUUAUAUCGAGGAUUUUCCGCCUUGGGGUGACACAAAUGAUUUUCUUAUGCACCUUCGCAUGCCACACAGGGAAUUCGAUAGGCUUGGACAUAGCCUACACAGCAUGUCUCGGUGAGCGAAAUCAGAAAACAUGUGUCAGCCUAGGUUUGUGCCCACCCCCUCGAUCGCCUUGCCGAAUGUCGUCCACAGUGCCUCCGGGUCGAUUUCGUCUGUCUAAUCUCUCAAUCGCCGCCCUCCUUUGAAGCCCUUGCUGCCUAGUUUCUCUCCGUUUUUUCUCGACACAGUUGGCCAUCUUCUUCCAAUGGUCAACAGAAUCUUUUCUUCAUGACUUGCCGAAAUUUCCCUUCUGCUGUUUCUCGUCACAGAGUAGUUCUACGGCCUUAUCUGGGUUCUUUCUAUGCAGAUAUUCAACUUCCGAGGCCCCUCUCUAGGCAAAAAUCGGAGCGAUGGAAAAGAAAAUAGGGAAAGGAGCACAACUACGUAUGCAUUCCUGCUCAGGAUUGUGCAGGGAGCAAGCUACCAGCACGCUGAACAGAUCGAAACAGUUGCGCUCUUCAACGAAUCAUGCAAUCGAAAUUAUGUCUCCUCACAGUUUGCGAAGAAUCGACUUCGAAUUCUAGACAAUAAUACAAAAGAAGAUGUCGACCGCGACUGUUGGCUGGUAUGGGUCUGUGAAGGCUUGGGAAGGUACCAGCAGCGAACGGUUUUCUGGAUCGCCAAAGAUGCAGACUUCGACUUGCUCUUUGGGUACGAACAGAACCAGAAUACUCCGGACCAUCAAAACCAGCAGUUCCAGAACGGGAUCAACAACGGUACAUUGAAGACUGAACUGCCUCGUUGGAAAUCAUUCCAAGGAGGCAUCAAGGACGACUUUUUAUUGCCUGUGGGACGGGUAGCAGAUGAGGAUUAUCUUUCCGGGAGUCCUCGGAUGCCAUCUCUGGCAGAUAUUAAAGGUCAACUUGCUGUCCAACUGGGCUCGAGCUCGGAAAGGAAGAGACAGCAUGAUAAAGAAAAGGCGUUGAACACGUUUGAUUCCCGCCGCAUAAGAGACCAGGCGGGCUUUUUCUGUGGCGAGGAUCCAAGUGAUUCGACGGCACCUGUUAUCAUUAAGAUCCCGGAACGGGACAAGUUUAAUUUGCUGAGCUCUGUCACACUCGCGAUAGACGAUUCGAAGCAACCGAUUUUCAAGGGGAACAAACGAACUCACCUGGAACCGCAAUCGUCCUCACUAACAGGAGAACCCGAAGAAUUACAUCGUUUACCCAAGGUUCGUAACGCCAGAGUCGGGUGCCCAUGUCGAUGCGUAGCAGCCAAUUUAUUGAACGAUGGGAUCCCUCUCGAACGGGAAAACCCAGACGCCAAUGGAAAUCUUUUCUCCUCAGACUCCAACUCUCUUUCUGCAGCUUCAGCCGAGGAGCACCCAAUAGUCUUCCAAGACCCAGAAACGUCGAGAGUAAUCCCGGAAGGUCAACAACCUUCGAGGCGCUCUCCCGCCGGUACGGAAGAGGAGCUUUUAUUCUCAGGCAUGGACAGGGACGACUCUCCUUGCACAUCGACACUUUUACGCGCAAGCUCUUCUAUAUCGCUGUCUUCGAAAAGCCUCGAUAUCCAGGCCAUCUCGCGUGAAUCUGCCGCAAUCGAAGCAGACGUCCGCGAUCCAAUAUACCAACCCACUCGAAAGACAAAGAAGGGCAAGCGCAAGAGACGGCCAAAGGCGAUUGACAAACCACUCAUCGCAACUGCUGACUGUCAUGACAAGAAGUUCCAUGAGUUCUGGAAAAGAGACGAGGCAAAGGGGAACUGGUUCCAUGUUGACAAAGUCACAAGUAAAAUUACUUGGUAUGAAGCCCCACCAUGGUCGACCUCACCUUCAGGUGCGAACGAUACGUUAUCUGAAACCGCUUUCCUUGCUUGAUCGAUCGUUACGUGCUAUUCACAUCUUCUAUACAUAGAUACUGGGCCUGUAUCCGUGUGCGGAAGGAGUUUGGAGCUGCUAGUUAAUACCAAUAUGAUUUUUCCAAAUUUUCCGCAUGAUUGUAGCCUUUGCUAUAUGAAACGUAAAGCCG